AUGCGCUGCCUGCUGGCCCCGGCGGCCGGCCUCCUCCUCCGGGCCGCCGGCCUCCUGCUCCGGGCCGCCGGGAUGCUGCUCCGCCGCCGGCCGCUGGUGCUGCUCGGCGUGGCGGUGUGCCUCUUCUACCAGACCCUGAUGGUGGCCCGGAACCGGCUGCGGCAGACGGAGGUCCGGGAGGCUGCGGAGGAGGUUCCGAUGGAGACCCGGGAGCUGCUGUGCUCCCUGGAGGCGCUGCACACUCAGGUCCAGGUCUCGUCUCAGAGGCUCCUCCCCUCCCGGCGGCGCCGUCGGGCCGUGGUUCUGACGGGCCGACACCCGGUCUCGGACACCGAGGUCCAGCUGUACCAGCGGGUUCUGCAGCAGAUGGGUUUUGAGGUCCAGAUGUCCAGAUACGCAGAAACCAGCAGCUUCCUGAAGCCGGGUGCGGGUGGGUGGAGCCUCUUGCUGUGUCUCAGCAGCUCGGAGCAGAGCUGUCUGAGGAGGAUCUCCUUCUCUCACCUGCAGCGUCAUCAGACGGUGAACCUGCUGCCUGGUCUGAUGGAGGCGUUUUCCGACGCAGGUGGAGGUCUCUGCCGCUUCCUCGCCGACGCUCAGCUGACAGGCUCUGACUUACCCAUGAGGCCGCACUCCUGUGGACCGACCAAUCAGAAGCUGCAGAUUCCUCCCAACAGCGGCUCACCUGCCAAAGCCCCGCCCCCUGCUCUGGUUGCCACGGUGAAUGUUUAUGUCCUGGUGACCUCGGUGACCCCGCUGACCUCCUUCCUGCACGACAUCAGCGUGGUGACGACCAAUCAGCAGCCGAGGGGUCGACCUGUGAAGCUUGGCGACUUCCUGCUGCAGCAGCUCGGACCGGCGACCUCCCAUCAGGCCUUGGAGCAGGUGAAGCAGGUGAUAGGCGAGGUGCUGCAGGCGGCGGCAGCCAAUGAGAAGCAGCGAACGGUCGGCAGGUGUGUCCUGUGCUUCCAGCUGCUCACCUUCACGCUGCUGCUCGGCGGUUCCGUCUCGCCCGUCGUCGUCCAGGUGAACUCUGAUUUGACGUUUUCUUCUCUGAGCGACGACACGUUUGAAGGACAAGUCACCAAAGACCUGAUCCUGGAGGACACGCUGCGCUUCCUGCUGCCACCACGCACUCACCUGUCCUCUGACACUCACCUGUCCUCCUCAGAGACACAGGAACAGGUGAGUCCAGACAUUUGCGUUAAUUUAAUUAACUUCCCUUUAACGAGCUUUCAUGGACGUCAGUCUGCGGGUUCCUGCAGCAGAACCGUCUGUCUGUCAGAGGACCAGCUUCUGGUUCUGCUCCAGUUCCAGCAGCAGCUCAAAACGCCGUCAGCAUUCCGACCGCUCUCACCGGGCGUCUCAUCGUCUCCGUCCGUCGGCGUCUCCGGCCUCCUGACCAGGAUCAGGGUUUUCUACGAGCUGCACGCCAACAGCAGCUGCAGGACCGACGAGGAACCGACCAAUGAGCAGCCAGCUCUGACUUCCUCCCAGGACGGAGGUUCCUGUGUGGACCCCCGCCUCAGGCAGAUCUACACGGACCCCGCCCUCACCUUGACUCCGCCCUUCAGCCCUCAGGUCAAAGAGUAUCGCGCUGAGGUGACCUUUGACACAGUGACCAUCAGAAUCCGUCCGGAACCGAUGAGCUCCAGCUGCAGGGUUCACCUGGACGAGCACCGCGGACCCAGGAUGGCGAACUUCCCGGUCGGCCUCGGCAACAGCAGGAUCAGCAUCCUGGUGACGGACGGCGCCGGGCCGGAGCCAGUCGUCAUGACGAUCUACACCGUCCACGUGUUCCGGGAGAGCCGGCCCAGUCUGCCCAUGUUCGGAGAUCACGUGAUGUGCAGCUUCCUGCAGGACUGUGGUCUGCAGGUCCAACCGGGUCGGUUCUGUGGUCUUCAGCCUCACAUCAGCUCUCAGAGUCCAGAUCAGACCUGCAGCUCCGGAGACGUCCCAGGUCGGUGGGUGGUACCGUGUCUCAGCUGUUCUGACAACAGGACGUGUGAUUGGAGGGAGGUUGCCUGGCAACCUGACGACUGUUACCACCCGCUGGUGGACCGCCCCCUGCUGCAGGACUGCAUGACGGACAGGAAGGUGAUGUUCAUCGGAGACUCGACCAAUCGGGGGAUGAUGUACUUCCUGAUGGAGCGGGUGAACUCCAGCCUGGAGGACUGGGGCAAAGCUCACGACACGCUGGUGUACCGGAACCUGAACGGGGGGCGGAGCCUGGUCAGCUACUCGUACUAUCCUCAGUUCUGGUUGGAGAAGAAGCAGAGACCCACCUUCAGACGAGCUCUGAUGCAGCUGCUCAACAGGUCGCAGCCUCUGGAGAACUCUAACCGGACGGUUCUGGUGGUGGGAGGAGUCCAGUGGCUCAACACGGAUCACCUGAGGACGGUCCAGGAGGUUCUGGACAGAGAGUCUCUCAGUAACAUCCUGGUGGUGGUCAAGUCUUUGGGGAUGGGGUUCCACCUUCCAGUCAACGGGAUCCGAUCUCUCAGCCUGGCAGAGAUACAGAACCUGUACCGAGAGAACGGCAACAUCAUCGCCGCCGCAAAGCAUCAUGGGUACGAGGUGAUCGACACGUUCAGCAUCACGAUGGGUCGAUACAAAGAGUUCCUGCAGGGACGAUGUGCCUGCCACUUCCACGAGGUGGAGAAGUUUUGGUCCACAAAACCUCCCAACGACGCGACGUCAACAACCAACCGGACCAGAACCGCACCUGGACUCGGCGGCCAAUCAGCCGUGCCGGACACGGCCCAGGAGGCGGAGCCUAAGCCCGCGACCUAUCACGUGAGAGGACCAGUGAACCAGGUGUACUCGGAGAUCCUGCUGAGCCGUCUGUGUCCUAAAACCAGAGACUGAACACCUGAGAGGGUGAACAGGUGAGUCCUGCAGGUAGACUCGGCUGCCCCCUCCAGGACGUGGACUUCAUGUUGGACCAGGACUUGUUCUCUGAUUCGACCUAAAAGCAGCAGCAGGAGGAGGAACGAAUGUAAAGCCAUCAGAACGGAGCGAACCAGAGUUCACUAAAGUCCACUUAACCAGCUGGUUGUCUGGUCAGCACCUGUUAGCUCAUCAUGCAAACCAGUUCUCUUCAGACGUUCUGCUGGCUACUAACUAGUUCCACUGCACAACAGCUACUUCAUACUGUGUUCUAACCAGAGUUUUAUAAGAACUAACUAGUUUUUCAAGUACACUCGAUAGUUUUAGUAGAAACAAGCUGCUUUUUUACAGCUAGUGUCUGAUUGAUACUAAACUUUUUUGUACACAGUAGCCAGGUUUCAUCCUGACUAGCUCCUGACACAUGGUAACUAGUUCCUGACAUGUGGUAGCUAGUUUCUGAUAAAUGGUAACUAGUUCCUGACAUGUGGUAACUAGUUCCUGACAUAUGGUAACUAGUUUCUGAUAAACUGUAACUAGUUCCUGACAUGUGGUAACUAGUUUCUGAUAAAUUGUAACUAGUUCCUGACAUGUGGUAACUAGUUCCUGCUAAAUGCUGCUUUUAUAGAUUUAUAAGCUAGUCUCUUAUUAGUUGUACCUAGUAUCUGACAAAUACUAACUAGCUGAUACAUGUUUCUUGUCUAUAUGUCUUAACUAGUUUCCAGUUUGUACUAACUAGUAUCUGAUGUGUGGUAACUAGUUUCUGAUUAAGAUUUAUGUUUUUUUGAUUAUGUUUUUGGCGAGUGCUAAAUAGUUUCUGAUUCAUAUGAGUCAUGCUAACUUUAUUUUUUUCUGUGCAUUAACCAGUUCUGAGAGCAUCCUAACUAGUUUCUAACGUGUAGCAACUAGUUCCUGACACAUGCUGCUGUUUUAUGUGACUAACUAGCUUCUUCUUUGUACUAACCAGUUUCUGAUUCAUCCAAAGUAAUUUCUGAUGUGUAGCAACUAGUUUCUGACACAUGCUGCUUUAUAUUUUGCAUUAACUAGUUUCUGAUGUGUACUAGCUGUUCUCUGACUCAUAAUAGCUCAUUUGUAAUUUGCGCUAGCUAGUUUUGAAUUCGUAGUGACUAAUCUGUGAUUCAUAUUAACUAGUUUUUGACACAUAGUUACUAGUUACUAGCACAUGCUGCUCUUUCUGUGUAGUAAGUAGUUAUGUGUACUGACUAAUGUCUGAUGCAUAAUCAGUAGUUGUAGAUGAGUGUUAACUAGUUACAGAUGUGUGAUAACUAGUUUCUGACACAGCAACUAAGUUCUGAUAAAUGCUGCUUGUUAAAUGUAUCACUCAACUAACUAGUUUUGACUUGCAGUAGCUAUUUUCUGACCAGUAUAAACUAGUUUUUGAUGCAUACUGUUUUUCUAUUGUAGGAACUUGUUUCAGAUCCUAACUAGUUAUUUUUGACUGUGUAGUAACUAGUUUUUUGAUACAUACUGCUUUUCAAAGGGCACUAACUAGCUUCUAAAUUGUACUAACUAGUUUUAAUACAUACUAGCUCAGUUGUCAGGUACAUACAGGUUAACACUAACUUGGUACUGACUAGUAGUAACUAACUUCUGAUGCACACUAACUAGUUCCAGGUGUAUGGUAACUAGUCUUGACUGUGUAGUAAGUAGUUUUUUGAUGCAUACUGCUUUUCAAUGGGCACUAACUAGCUUCUGACUUGUACUAACUAGUUUUGGAUGCAUAGUAACUAGUUUCCUAUAAAUGCUGCUUUUCCAGUUCCAGACUGGUAGUAACUAGUUUUACUAACGAGUACUGACCCGUCAGUAAUCCGUCUGAUAUUGAUGAAUUGACCAGUAUAAACUAGUUUUGGAUGCACACUGCUUUUCUAUUGUAGGAACUAGUUUCAGAUGGUAACUAGUUUUGGGGGAAGUUAUUUUUGAAGCAUAGUAACUAGUUGUUUUUAUACAUACAGAUUCCUAUGUACACUAACUAGCUUCUGACUUGUAGUAACUAACUUGUGAUGCACACUAACUAGUUCCAGGUGUAUGGUAACUAGUUUAGGACUUGUAUUAACCAGUUUUUGAUGCAUAGUAACUAGUUUCCUAUAAAUGCUGCUUUUCCAGUUCCAGACUGGUAGUAACUAGUUUUACUAACUAGAACUAACUAGUCGGUAGUCCGUCUGAUAUUGACGUAUUGAUCAGCUCUGUGCAUCUCGCUGCCUCCUUACAUGUGUUGUAUUUCUGAUAUUGAUCGAUGAUCGAUCGGUUCCUCUGCCUGCCUCUGACCAGCCUCUCUGCCUCCUGCCUGUACAUAUUGAUCUAUCGGUGGCUGAUUGAUGAUUGAUCGGCCGUCCCGUCCCUGUACAUAUAUUUAUACGUCCUGUAUAUCGGCUCCGCACCAAAGAUUCUUCUGGCUGUGGUCAGAAGCAAACGUCUUAAAUGAUGCUCUGCUCACAUCGUCUAUAUUUUUCUACAGAUGUUUAUCGAGCUGUCGUCUCUGAACAUGUUUACGCAUUUAUUUAUACGAACACGAUGGUUUUACUCUUUAUACAUAAAACACACAAACAACGAAUCCAACUGUGAAGAUGUUUUAACGUUUCAGCUGUUCUUCUGCUUCGAUUCUUUUAAACACAGAUUAAAUCACGACUUUAUAAUAAAACACAAGAUUUAUACGAAUCAAACGGAUCUGAGUUGUUUAUAAUCCAGUUUAACUCAACGUGAAUCCAGUUUAACUCAACGUGAAUCCAGUUUAACUCAACAUGAAUCCAGUUUAACUCAACGUGAAUCCAGUUUAACUCGACAUGAAUCCAGUUUAACUCAACCUGAAUCCAGUUUAACUCAACGUGAAUCCAGUUUAACUCAACAUGAAUCCAGUUUAACUCAACGUGAAUCCAGUUUAACUCAACAUGAAUCCAGUUUAACUCAACCUGAAUCCAGGUUUUCUUCUGGAAGCAGCGGCUGAACAAAACAACAGUAAGUUGAUCUAAAUUCAUUAGAAUUUCAUCCGAUCUCAUCUUUUCUUUCUUUUUGCGUGUUUCGCUGCUAAACGUGUUUUAUUGCUUCAUGUAGGAGGAUUUUUAUCACGUCCUUCAAUAACAAGCGAUUUAACGUUUAAUAUUAUCAGUAAACGGAUCAAAUGUCACUUUUUAUUCUAAGUUUUAAGCAUCCAGCCGAUCAGAAGCAGUUUGUUGUCAUGCUUGUUUUAUGUCACUGUGACCAACAUUUAAAACACAGCAGCUCCACGUUUUUCUGUUUGUUCCUUUCAGAACUUAUCUGAUGUUGUUUCUUCAUCAACAAAGUGUCCCGUCGGCUUCUUAUUUCCAGUUUUAAAACAUUGAACAGUAAUAAAAUGGACUUUUUAUUCUC